GUCUGAGACCAGUGGGGGAUCAGUCAUACGCACUGGGAUACACAGGCACACACAGGUUGGCCAGUAUUCACACGCCACAAAGCAGGUAUUUAUACCACUGCACUAGACACCUGGAUAUUUAACUGUUCAUUUUCAAGGAGCUUAGCAAGCAUGAACAAAGAAAGUGAGGAAGUUUAGGGGCUCUCCCUGUGUGCAGACAUUUGUGGCUAAAAUGCCCUGUAAAGGAGACGACUUCAUUGGUCGUUUGGUGUUGUUGGUAACAAUAAACAUAACAAUCUAAUGGAAGUUCCUGUGGGAAGGGGCUUUGAUCUGAAAAGAAAAAAUAUGUGCAUGUUCAGUACAAGUUUGAAAGAAUCAGCCACAUGAAUGUUUCUGACUGACGCCUGUGCACAUUCCCUCUGUGUCCAGCCUGCGCGUUCCAGCCACAUGACAUAUGUUCACAUUUCUCACACAAGCUACCAAAAGGUAAAGCACAGAAGGGGUUUGCUCGUCCGCAACAUUUUCUGUGACGUAGAUCCAUAGAAGCUGAAGGAGUAUUCUUCACGCACAACAGUAAACACAGAGAAGUCAAAUAAGACAUGGACCUGUAACUGUGGUCCUCAGGUUCUGUGGAAUGAAUCACACCUGUCUUGACAAUACCACUGCCAGCAACUCUCUGUCUGCCCAUGACUUGUUCACUUUGACUCUGGUUUUCCUACUGGGUUCUGUCAGGUGACGUCACCCAUAGGUUUCUGAAGAGCUGUUGUGAAGCUCAGUGUGGUCGUCGCGAUCUUGGCAGCUCCCAGCUAAUCCAAAAAUGAGCAAAGAGGUGGAGUGUGAGUAGAGCUGAGGCGGGCUGAAUGAAGCCUGGUUAAUAAAAAAGCACCCACCUGUCAUAGAAAGUGGCCACGCCCUUAAUUAAACAUAAAUUUAAGUCUAAUAUAAUUUAAACAGGUGAGUUAUAUAAAAAUACACCCCCUGUACAGUUGUCAUGAAUGGGAAAUUACCUACAGAGACCAAAAGUGUUUUCUGUAC